AUGGCUGAAUUCGUGUUUGCAGUGCAACAGGUCCCCCAGGCCAGAGUACUUCCGUACAAUGUGGUUCCUGCGCAAAACCAUCGCGCUUUUCUACAAGAACCUUGGCCAAACAGGUUGAUCGAUUGUUUGAUUGAACUUACCUACGUGGACGAGGUGAACCAGCGUGAUCAACCUCAGGAGGAGGCGUCUUAUCAUCUUCAUCUGCGUCGUGCAGGCGGCGACGCAUGGCUCGCCGAUCGUCAAAACGAAGUUCACGACACUCUGCAGUUUGCUCCUCAAACUUUAGACGACCUCGAGUCCUUCGCCUCAAUCCAGCCAAAUGAGGAGCGCGCGGCCGCUGAGGUUUGUUUGCAGACUGCAAAAACGGAGUUUGAGAAAGCCGUCGGUCCCAAUCGACGAGUCACUGGUAUUUCUCUUUCCUUUACGUGUGUUUCUCGUAUUGGUGCUUGGGGAGGUGGGGGUGAUCCAAAUGCCUUUAUCGAUCCAUAUGCCUUCAUCGAUCCAAAUAUCUUCGGACAACUCAUUAUGCACUACAUGUAG